AUGGAGAUUUUAGAUUUAGAGGAAUAAAAAUUUGAUUUCUUGGAGAAAAGAGAAUCAUAUAUCUAGGAUAAAAAAGAAACUCUUACACUAGAUGAUUUUGAAAUGAUAGCUAAAAUAUGUUAGAGCAGACUAAGUGAAUUAAGAUUGCAGUAAAAAAGGUUUAAUAGUCCAUAGAAAGAAGAAGAAGCUGUCCUUAAGCAGAUGAAGGAACUCCGAGAUUAUAUCACUGAGUUAAUAGAUGACUCUCUUGUUUAUUGCUAGUAAAAUGGAUAAACAAAAAACCCUUAAGAAUAUUUGAAUGGUCCAAUUGACGAAUUAUUUGAACCAUAAUCGAAUCUAGAGCGAUAUCUCGCUGAUUUAAGUGAUCAAAUGCUUUAUAUUUAGAAUGAGGUGAAAGAAAUCAACAGCAAAAUGGAUCCACUUUUAUAGCAUGUCAAGAACUAAUAAGAUGACUAAAUAAACAGCAACAGUUCACCAUUCAUGCUUGCCUCUGCCAGAGCGUUGCGAAAUAAGAGCCCUCACUCUGUGUCAAUAUUCUAGGAUGGAGUAGUUGAUAAAGCCUCAAUCUCUGAAAGCAUUUUAUCAGAGCUUAGUAAGGGUGAUAUGAUCAAUAAGGAUUCAACACAAUCUGAGGAUGCUGAGCUAGAUUCAAAAUUCAAGCAUUUUUGCGAUAUUGCUGUGAGGUACAAUCAAAAUAUUCUGCAUUCUAUAUCAAUGGAUUAAAAUCUAGAUUUGUACGGACUUUACAAGCAAGCAACUGAAGGUAACAACUAUAAGUUACGUCCAGGCGGCUUCCAUAUUAAGCAAAGAAAGAAGUGGGCUGCUUGGAUGGCAAAGAAGAAUAUGCCCAAAAAGCAGGCGCAACAGUAGUAUAUCAAUUUAAUGAAUCAGAUCAUGGAUAAGUUGGGAUUGUAUGAGUCUGAUGAUGAGAAAAUGGAUUUCAACCAAAAUCCAAUUAGUAAAAAGGAAAACAUGCUUAUUCUAAGUGAGUUAAUGCCCUAGGAUAAGACAAAGAUAAAGUUAAGUCAAAAGAACACAAAAUUUGUUGCUUACUAUAAUGACCUUAUUUUCUUGCAAGAACUUAACUAAGAUAUAGAAGUCUAUGAUAGUAAAACUAAAAAACUAAAAGACAGACUUGAUGUUAAGAAGCAUCAAAUAAGCAGUUUUUGUAGCAUUGAGGAGAAACUAUUCUUUGGAUCGAUUAACGAAAUAAUAUUUAUGUGGGAUCACAAGAACAAGAAAAAGCAGGCCUAUUAAACCAAGAUUUCUAACGAUAUACUUUAGUAGUGCUUAGUUGGUAACUCUCUAAUUGCUGUUUCUACGAAUAAUCCCCAGAUUAAGUUCUUUAGUCUAGCUGAUUUUAAGUUAGAAUAUUAAGAGGAAAUAAAAGAUCAAGCUGUUGCUUAAUAGUUCUAAGUACUUGAUAUGGUUCAAGUGAUACUUAAAGAUGAACUAUAUCUGGUAUUUGGCACAUGCAACGGACUACAGAUUUAGAAGACAGACUUUAGUUAAAAUCUUAAGAAGGUGACGAAAAUAGAUAAAGUAUCAACAUAGUUGUAGGGAAAAUAUGUAAACAGUGUCUGCAUGGUCCCUUCAGAUGGUCCUGAUAACUUUUAAUUAGCCUGCGCUGCUUGGGGUGAAUUCAGUCAGAUCCACAUCAUUACCUGCAAUGGGUAACACACCUACUCAGUUACUAUCUAGCUUAACGUGUUAGUUAAACUUAUCCUUAAUAUCAGCGUCUUGCCUAAUUUCUAUUUUUAGGACAAUACCAUCUUCAUUAGACAUCAAGAUGGGCUUUGCAUUUACGACAUGAAGGAAAAUUAAAUCGUUAAAACUAUCGACAAGUCUAAGCAUUUGACAUUUUACCGAGGUGCCAGCGUACCCUUAAUAUACAUAGAGGAUUAAAAGAGCUUUAUAUUGAGAGUUGAUGAUGGUGAGGUAAGAGAGAUAUCUGCUGUUGAAUAUGAUAAACCUAAAGAUAAUUGA